CGGCCAGGGCGAGGCAUCUAUCGUAUCAACAAUCAAACCCGACGUUUCAACCAGAGGUCGGAUUCUACCAUGCGCUACAUCCUGAUCGUUUUCGCGGCAACAGUCGCGUGCAUCUAUGCACAAAGCUUCAAGUGUCCGGCGAAGGACGGUCAGUACGAGGAUUCGCUCCAGUGCGACAAGUACUACGAAUGCGUUGAUGGUCGCGCCACCGAACGACUAUGCCCGGAUGGACUCGUCUUUGAUCCUACCAUUCGCAAGAUUAACAAGUGCGAUCAACCCUUCAACGUUGACUGCGGAGACCGUGUAGAGCUGCAACCACCGCGUGGAAACAAUCUCUGCCCACGUCGAAAUGGCUUCUUUGCCCACCCAGAUCCGGCCGUGUGUAACGUGUUCUACAACUGUAUUGAAGGCGAGGCGACCGAAAUCACCUGCACCGCUGGACUGCACUUCGACGAGUAUACGGGCACCUGUGUCUGGCCGAACGAUGCCGGCCGUCAGGGAUGCAAUCCGGGCGCUAACAAGAAACUGAAGGAUGGAUUCACCUGCCCGAAGGAGCAGAAAACGGAUGAGGCUGGACAGGUAGUGGCUCACCCGAAGUAUGCGCAUCCGACCGAUUGCCAGCGGUUUUACGUCUGUCUGAACGGUGUGGAACCGCGCGAUCUUGGUUGUCAGAUUGGAGAGGUGUACAACGAGGAGACCGAGCGGUGUGAUGCACCUGAAAACGUGCCCGGAUGCGAGGAUUGGUACAAGGAGAGUGAUGAGAAGAAGAACUGCGUCCUGCGUGUGUUACAAGAUGGCGGUGAUAGCCAGAAGCAGCGUGCUGGUAGCGAUGCUACUGAUAGCAUCGACUAUGCCCAGUUUAAGUGUCCCAAGAACCGUGGCCAGUUUGAGGACUCAGUACAGUGUGACAAGUACUAUGUGUGCGAUGAGGGCGAAUCCACCGAAAAGCUCUGCCCGGACGGUCUCGUCUUCGAUCCGACGAUCAAGCUGAUCAAUAAGUGCGACCAGCCGUUCAACGUCGACUGUGGCGAUCGUCUUGAGCUGCAACCAGCACAGGGCACAACCGACUACUGCCCGCGCAAGAACGGAUUCUUCAGCCAUCCGGAUCCCUCCAUCUGCAACGUCUUUUACAGCUGCAUCAACGGCGAGGAGCUGGAGAUGAGCUGUACCGGGGGGCUUCACUUUGACGAGAAGUCCGGCACCUGUGUGUGGCCCGAUGUGGCAGCUCGUGAAGGUUGUGGAAGCAAUGCCAACAAGAAGCUUAACGAUGGCUUCCAGUGCCCGAAGGAGACGCGCUACGACAAGAACGGGCAGGUCAUCACGCACCCGAACUAUCCGCAUCCGACUGACUGUUCCCGGUUCUACUACUGUCUGAACGGCAUUGAACCACGCCUUGGUCAGUGUGACGCAAAGAUGGUGUACAACGAGGAUCUGCAGCGUUGUGACGAUCCGGAGAACGUUCCGGAAUGGAAAAGCGGGAGAGAGAGAGAGAGCGAAAGAGAAGAAACGAAACAAUUGAAGAGACAGCUGUUUGAACCUCAUUACGAAAAAAAAAGUUCCUGUACCUUAGACAUCAUCUUCGUUCGAAUAGCUGUAGUCUUCACACUAAGUAUCACUAUCACCAUGAGCAGACGUAUUCACAUCAUCCUACCAUUUCUUCUGGCGGUAGCGCUCGUUUGCUCUGCCGCUGACGAGCCGGAAGAUUACUUCGAGUUCACCUGUCCCAAACCGGACGGACAGUUUGAGGAUCCGUACCAGUGCGACAAGUACUACGAGUGUGAUGAUGGCCGUGUGUCGGAGAAGCUAUGCCCGGACGGGCUCGUCUUUAAUCCCGCCAGCAAGCUGGUGAACAAGUGCGACCAGGUGUUCAAUGUGGAGUGCCGGGACCGGAAGGAACUUCAACCCCCGAAACCGGUCGGUGUAUGUCCGCGCCAGAACGGUUUCUUCCCGCAUCCGGAUCCAUCGAUCUGUAACAUCUUCUUCAACUGCGUGAAUGGGCGCGAGCUGGAGAUGACGUGUGUGGCCGGGUUACACUUCAACCAACCGACCGGGACGUGCGUAUGGCCCGACAUGGCAAACCGGAAGGGAUGCGGUAGUAACGCAAACAAGAAACUCAACGACGGAUUCCAGUGCCCGAAGGACGCACCGAAGAUGGACAAGAAUGGGCAGGUUGUCACACACCCAAACUAUCCACAUCCGGAUGACUGUCAGCGGUUCUACAUCUGUCUGAACGGUAUCGAGCCACGACAGGGUACUUGCGAAGAGGGCAUGGUGUACAACGAAGAUCUCCAGCGUUGCGACGAUCCAGAGAACGUACCUGGAUGUGAGGAUUGGUACAAUGCUCCCGAGACGGACCGGGAAGCGUGAUGCGUGCAAUGGAGCAGGCCAUCUCUGAGGCAGUCCCACCAACGGUGUGCAUCGUAAUAGUUAACUAGCAACUGGAAAGUUUACAAUAAAUUGAAAC